AUGCUCACACCCACCUUCUCAACCGCAGUCAUCUGGCUCACCAUCCACGCCCUGGUCGUCGCCCAGACGGACGAUGACAACCACAACAGCACCACCACCACUCCGAGCUGGCACCAAUACGUCCGCGCCCCGGCGAGCAGCACCGUCCGCCCCAAAGCCGUGCUGAUGCAGUUCAUGCGCGGCGACGUGCGCAACCCGACCGGCCUGCUCGCAGCAUCGGGCAACGACGACGACGGCGGCGGCAGCCCAACCAUCCUCCGGCGCGAAACCUCCACCCGGGAAAAUGCGUCGCUUGUGCUUGACUUUGGCCAGAAUGUGGUCGGGCUGCUGGCGGUGGAGUUUGCGGGAUCGGUCAACGGAUCGGUCAACGGCUCGGCCUCCGGCUCGGACGGCUUUCCGGGACUGCGGCUGGCAUUCUCGGAGGCGCUGGAGUUUUUGGGAGAGAGGAGCGAUUUCACGCGCUCGGAUAAUGCGGGUCAAGGGGCUGGGAACCCGCCAGUGCUGGUGCCCUCCGGAACGGAUCAGAUCGCCGUGAAGAACGAGCCCUACACCUGGCUCAACCAGUGGGGCUGCGAGUACGGCUCCCAGGUGUGCUCCGACGGCCUGCACGGCUUCCGGUACGUCAAGAUCUCGCUCGACGCCUUGCCGGCCGACGCCCCCUACACGUCCUCUGCGGGUGAAGUGAGUAUCAAUGCCGUCACCUUGCGCUGGUCCGGCUUCCGCGGCACCCUGGACUCGUAUACCGGCUGGUUCGAGUGCUCCGAUGCGGCGCUGACGCAUUGGUGGUUUGAUGGGGUGUAUACGACUGAGAUGUGCACCGACGUCUUCCGCGCCAACGACACCGACCCGCGCAGCGCCGCCAGCCCCUCCCUCCUCAACCAGUGGGUCGUCCACGACGGCGCAAAGCGCGACCGCGACCCCUACGUCGGCGACCUCGCCGUCGCGGGCCUGACCAGCUACCUCAGCCACGGCAGCCCCACCACCAUCUCCUCCUCCAUCUCCGCAGUCCGCACCGUCCUCGACGACCUGGCCGCCCACCAACGCGCCGCCGACGGCUGGAUCCCACCGGCCAGCAUCCAGGACUACGCCCUACCACUCUUCGACUACCCGCUCUGGUGGGUGGUCGCGGGGUCUGAUUAUGUGAUGUACAGCGGGAACGUGUCGUUCAUCGAGACGCAUUACGCGGCUUUGGUUGGGGUGCUGGAUGCGUAUUAUCCGGCGCAUAUGGACAAUAAGACGGGGUUGCUCGUAAGGCCUGAUGGGUAUGGCGAUUAUGCAUUCGUGCCGCGUGAAGGGUCCGCGGCUUAUUACAGCGCGCUGUACGUCCUGGCGCUCCGGCGCGCCGCGGAUCUCGCGGGGUUCGUGGGAGGCGGCCGGGAUGUGGAUGUGAGGAGGUGGAAGGCGCGCGCUGAUCGCGUGGCGCGGGGGGUGGUGGACGGGCUUUGGGAUCCGGCUGUGGGGGCUUUCUUCGAUCGGAAGUGCGAUGAUGGUGCUGCUGCUGGUUGCGAGGCGCACGCCCAGGAUGGGAAUAGUCUUGCCAUCUUGUCCGGCGUCGCCAACGCGACGCUGGCGGCGUCUGCGCUGGCGUAUAUGUCCAGCGCCAUGGGGCGGUUCUAUGGGAACGCCUUCUAUGAUGCUGCCGGCGAGGCGUUGGGUGCUGGGUUUGCGGACCGGGUUUAUCCUUUUAUUUCGUAUUUCGAGAUUGCUGCGCGAUUUGAGACGGCGGGAGUAAACGCGGUGGACGGGGUGGAUGGGGCGCUGGACCAGAUCCGCCGCACCUGGGGCUGGAUGGCGGCGAACGAGACGGCCGGCACGCACUGGGAGGGCAUCGGGGCCGGUGGCAGCAAGUAUGAGGGCGGGUUCACGAGCUUGGCGCAUGGCUGGUCGACGGGCGUGGUGCCGCUGUUGAGUACAUACGUGCUAGGCGUGAAGCCUGUGAAGCCUGGGUUUCGGGAGUGGGCUGUCCGGCCUAGACCGGGUGGUGGUUUGACCUGGGCCCAGGGCGAGGUGCCUACGCCGUUUGGGUCGCUGAAGGUCCGCUGGGAUAGGGGGACGAAUGGGGAGGGGUUCGUGGUGACGGUGCGGGCGCCUGGGGGCACGAACGGGACGGUGAGCUUGCCGGCUGCGGAGGGCGAUGUGGAGGGCGGGGUGGUGUGGGCGGAUGGGAGUUUUGGUGUUCAGGGGAAGGUCAUGGGUGGGUUUGUGGAAUUCGCGGUGGAAGGAGGAGGGGAGGUGCUUGUUGGGUAUCCGAGAACGCUAGCGGGUGAGGAUGCUCUUUAG